ACGAGCAGCUGGGCGGGAGCGACUUGGAGCACCUCCAGGCAGAGGGCAAGGGCCCGCGCACGGCCAAGAACAAGCUCAAGCGCAAGUUUAGUCUGGGUUCUGCAGACAGGAAAGAGCCCAAUCAGAGAAGGGUUGAGUGUGUGAGGAUGACUCAGGCUCCAGAGCCCCUGCCCGCUCAGCGGAAGCCCUCCAGCCUGUCGUCUCCCAGCGCCGCCCGCCGCCUCUACCGCAACCUGUCCGGAAAGUUCCGCGUGGGGGCGGCCGGGGUGGAGGAGAGCGCACCGUCCUGCCGGGAUAAGGAGCGUCUGCGCAAGUCUAGCGUGUUCCAGAGUGCGGAAGCGCUGCUGGAGGCGGUGGAGCACCAGGAGCUGGACGUGGUGCAGAGCCUGCUGUGGCAGUUCAGCCUGGAGGAGCUGGACCUCAACACGCCCAACAGCGAGGGCCUGCUGCCCCUGGACAUCGCCAUCAUGACCAACAACGUGCCCAUGGCCAAGCUGCUGCUCCGCGCCGGCGCCAAGGAGAGCCCGCACUUUGUAAGUCUGGAGGGCCGGGCCAUGCAUCUUGCCACUCUGGUCCGAGAGGCGGAGCAACGCGUUGCCGAGCUGGUUUCCAGAGUAACGGGAGAGGCCCAAGGUGAGAGGGAGGAGCUUAAAUCAUGGGAGUGGCGGCUCCGCCUCUACCGACGGAUGGAGACAGGCUUCCAACAUUCCAGUCCCCCUGAUGCUCCCACUGGUGUGUGUUUGUCUGUGAGUGGCAGCAGCAGCCUCAGGGUACACUUCCAGGAGCCACUCUGUGUCAACUCAGCUACCGUCACCAAGUACAAAGUGGAAUGGAGUUUGUCUCCCUCCUUCAAUCCUGUUCUGGGUGAAAUAGUCGUAGAAGACACCACUCAUCUUCAGUGUGACAUCGGCAGUCUGACAGCAGGUACCUAUUACUAUGUGCAGGUAUCUGCAUACAACAUGAAGGGCUGGGGUUCUGCGCAGACAUCUGUACCCGCAUGUGCUACCCCCUCAAGCUGGAGAGACAUUGACGGGCGUGCGCCGCGUCUGAAAGGGCAGAAGGAGGCGCUGGAGCAACUCUAUGUGCAGAUCAAGGACUCACACCGCCAGUGUGUGUGCCAUGAUCAGUGUAAAUCGGCGCCUCACAUCCGGAAGCACUCCGUGUCCAAAAGCCUGCGUCAUCUCUUUCAGCCCAAUAGCAAGUUCAUCAAGACCCUCAAAAGGGGCCUGUACCUGACCUGCAUCCUCUAUAGGGACGAUAACGUGCUCGUCACCCCAGAGGACCAGAUCCCCAUAGUGGAGGUGGACGACUCCUAUAGCUCCUUAACUCAAGACUUCCUCUGGUUCACCAAGGUGUCGUAUCUGUGGGAGGAGAUCUCCUGGCUGCAGCAGUGUGUGGGGUCGGCCCAGUCCUCCUGCUCCUGCACGCUGCAGACUCGCCUCAAAAUGCUGCAGGCCGUCGCCCAGCUCCAGAACCUGCUGGGCACGCAGGACCUGGGCCAGGUGUACUUUGAGCCGCUGAAGGACAAGCACGGGAACGCGCUGCUGGUGCUGCUGCGGGACAUGGGGCCGGCGGGGGGGCUGGAGGGCAUGCGCUGGACCCCCCUCUGCAAGCUGCAGCUGCAGCGCAAGAGCCUGUCCUCGCCAGAGGAGCCCAGCGCACUGGACAUGCUGCUCAUCACGCUACACGAGAAGCUGGCCUACCAUCGGCGGAGCAGGAAGGUGCUGCCCCCGGGCCUGUAUCUGGGCUAUCUGAAGCUCUUCAGCACCGUGGAGCAGAUCAGAGUUCUGGUGCCGCAGAAAAUCCCCAACGUCCUCUGCUACGUCAAAAUACGGGACAACAGCAACGUCUCAAGAGCAGAGUGGGAGUGGCUGCAGGCGGUGCGCUCCAUAGAGGAGGCGCAUGAGAUGGCUGCUGAUGAGCAGAGCGCCCCCCACCGCCUCCUGCAGGACCUGCGCUGCGCCGCACGAGACCUCCUCAGCCACAUGAGCAUCUCCAAGAAACAGGCGCAGGAGUUCCGUAUCUACACGCACGAGGUGUGUGAGUUUGGGGAGGGGGUGUCCGUGCUGCUGCUGCUGCCCCCCUGUGAGGACGUGUGCUCGGCCCCCGGCCAGAACCAGACCUACUCGCCCCGCGCAGGCCUGCUCACGCUGCCCCUGCAGGUCUUUGAGCUGGUUCAUUUUGAGGCGUACUGUCCCAGUUUCAUCGGGCCUUUCUGUCGAGUGUCUGCUCUCCUGGGGCUGGAGUCGCUCAUGUCCCAGCAAGCUUUACGAGAAGCCUUCUCCGAGUCAGAGCUGCUCGCCGCCAAACACAAACACCAGCAAGUGCAGGAGCACAUGCAGCAAAUGGAGGAGCUGUGGCGCGAGUCCCGCUGGAUCAUGGACGCGCUGCAGAACGCGCGCUACAAGCAGCCCGCCGGCGGCAUCCUGCUGGCCUGGCUCAUGGACUUCUCCCGGGAGACGCUACCCGAGACGCCACGCUCCACGUCCUCCGCGCCCGACUACCUGCCCUCCCCGCCCGCCUCCCCCGACUGCCACCGCAAACACUCCGAUCUGCCGGGCCUGUCUGAUGAGGAAGGGUCGUCCGAGGUCUUCCUCACCACCGACAGCGACUACGACUCCAGUCGCGCCCAGAGCCCACGGGAGCUGGACCUCCUGCCGUCGUCGCCCGGCGUGUGUGGACGAGGCGGCGGGGGGGUCGUGUCCGCCGGCUCCCGUCCCGACGUGGUGCAGCUGGGUGGGGGUCCUCUGGCCGGGCGGGGCAGGAGCAGUAGCGGAGGUGGUGGAGGUGGAGGUGGAGGUGGAGGAGGAGGGGCGUGCAUCCCCGAGGCCUUCGACAGUGACUUCAUCCUGCCCAGCCGGCAGAUCGAGCUGCUGCGCAUCACCGAGAAGCGUCAGGCGCUGUGCGUGCGGACCAGCAGCCUGGAGUGCCCGCCCACCUCCGCCGCCUCCUCCUCCUCCUCCUCCUCGCCCUGCGCCGCCAACGAUGCCGCCUCGCCGCCGGGACGCCGUUUCCACGGGCAGAGCCGCCCGGCGCGGCCCACGCGGGCCCACUCGGAGGACAGCGGCGUGAGACGACUCUCCGCGCCCACCUCCUCCUCCUCCACCAGCUCCAGCUGGCACACCACGCUACGCAUCUACCCACAAUACCCCACCGGCCUGCCCAAAGAGACCAGCGUCAAGCUGCGGGUGACCCCCAACACGUCGGCGCGGGAGAUGGUGCAGCUGGUGGUGCAGGAGAUGAACGCGGUGGCGCGCCAGCUGCUGGGCGGUGCCGAGCGCUGCCCGCUGGGGCCCGAGGGCUGGGCGUGCGUCUGCGCCGGCUCCGGGCCGGGCGCGGCCUGCGUCUGCGGCCCCCCUCCCCUGCCGGGCGUCUACGGGCCCGAGCACCUGGAGCACUUCGGCCUGGUGCUGGCGCUGGACGAGCGGGUCAAGUGGCUGCAGGACGACUUCUGCCCGCUGCAGCUGCAGAACCCCUGGAGCCGCGGCAAGCUGUGCGUGCGCAUCAAGGAGUACUCGCCGCUCGCCAUGCAGCACAGCCGGGCCACCACCGUCUGA